AUGUUGGUCUCACACGGUAUUUGCAACAACAUGGCCUCUCAGCAGCAUCCCUAUGCUGCAGCUCAAGUGGCCGAGAAGGUGAUGCGGAGAGUGGAAAUUGCAAAGGUUGCUCGAAAUCUUCAAGACUGUUUAGCCUUUGCAAGCUUCAAAGCUCAGAAUGGCUGGCAGGAUCGAACCCUUUCCACCAUUGAGCCCGAGUUCACAGAAAAGCUGAAGAGAAAGAGACCAUUCAUAGAGGAUGACAUUCCCUCCGACGCUUCUUCCGGCACUGACGACGAGUUCAUUCCCACUUCCUCCAUUGCAAGUAACCGUUUUUCGAAGCCUGCGAGCACAACGUUCAAGGUUCCCGAGCCUCCCUUCGUGGCAAGAAAACGAGUGAGAUCUUCAUCCACCACUGGCCUCGAGAGACAGUCUAGCAGCUGCACGACCUGGAAGCAAGACCAUCGGCUGGCACAAUCAUCACCGCUACUAGGACGGUCACAAUCCUCUCAAAAGAACAGUCUGCUUCAUACCGAUCCUGCUGGCGUGCCUAAUUCCCAUGACGAUUCUCCUAUGUUUGAUGUUCAUUCUGACGACGAAGACCAUGACCUGCCAAUGCCUUCCUUUGCCAACGAGCCAUCGAGCAGUAUCUUAUCCUCCUCACCACCGCGGACACCUCCACCAACAAAACAUCUGCUCAAUGUUAACGCAAAACAAGCAGGAGCUGAUCUCCUCCUUUACCUUGCCAACUCACCAUCCCGUUCUCCGGCAAUUCACGUCCACCGAGCCUCUACUUCCUCCAAAGAUCCACCUUCUACCCCUCCUCAACAUUCACGCCUCCCAUCUUCUGUGAUGACCACUCCGGGUACACAUUUAGGAUUAUUCAAUGGUGCUCUACAGACUCCAGCUCAAAAUUUCAAUCUGGCGGAUUUCUGCAAUGUCACCCCCUCCCCUGCGCAGCCUCAAUGGGGAAGUCGAACACCGAACAUAGCAAAAACUCCGAGUCGAUUUGCCCGAAGAAGUCUGAAUUUUGAUUCGGUCCAGCCAUCAACAGCCAGUCCGACGUUAUCACGCAAAACACCGACUAGUCAAGGUCUAGCUCUUCAACUUGGUGAUGAACUUAUCCCGCGAACAUGA